GAGAGAGAGAGGGAGAGAGCGAAAGAGAGAGAGAGAGAUGUAACGGUUGCGCCCAGCCAACGCAAAUAACUUUAUUAACAUUCUCUUUUCUCCAUUUUUAAAUCUUCCCAUUUUCUCGACUUUCCCUGUUUGUUUUUCAACUUCACAGCGCUUUCGCCGCUUUAUGAUUCGGGUCGAGUCUCCUUGGCAACGCGCGCAACUGUCCUGCGAAGUUUGGAUAAAGUGUUUUACUUUCAUCUGGAAAUCAAAGUGGAUAUUAACCCACCAAACUGGGAGCAAAAUUUGGUGUUCUUAUGGGAGUUUGUGGAAGUAUCAGAGAAAGUGUAUAGAUUCAUUUAGUGUUUUUUUCCCCUCAGUUUUAAACCCGGCGUUAGGGGAACGGGACAGCGCGAAACAAUAGUGUGUGUCUGUGAGCUCGUGCAGGAGUGGAUCGAUGCCUCGCGGGGCCUUUGUUCUAUCCGGUGUGGAGCCCUACCGCGAGCCUUCCGCUAAUAUUGCUCGAUCGAUUGGGUGGAUUGAUGACUGAUUGGUAUUUGAUCAGAGGAAUCGAGGCAUUCAGUCAACAUGGAUGUCACUCUGUCGGAGUUACUGGCCACUUUCAUGGAGUCGCCUCUGGUGGUGUGGGUGCGGACGCUGGGCCCGUUGGGUUCCUGUGAUGGUGUUGGCUCAGAGGAGCGGGUCAAUAUGUUUAUGGAGCUGGUGGACGGCGUCUUUCUGCACAAGAUCAUGACUCACAUCGACCCAGGCCCAGCCAAUCAGCGCCUGAACAAGAACGUGAACAAUGAUGUGUCGCUUCGCCUUCACAAUCUGUCCGUGCUCAUCAGCCACAUCAGGACCUACUACCAGGAGACCCUGCAGCAGUUGAUAGUCAUGUCCCUUCCCAACAUCCUCUGCAUUGCCAAGGACCCACUUUCAGCUAAGAGCAUGGAGGAGCUGAAAAGACUGUUGCUGCUGAUAUUAGGCUGUGCUGUCCAGUGUGAGCGUAAGGAGGAAAUGAUUGAGAAGAUCAAGCUGCUGGACAUCGAGACCCAGGCUGCCAUUGUCUCUAACAUCCAGGAGGUUACCCAUAACCAGCUGAAUGUCCUUGACUUGUCCUGGAUGGAGGAAGGGGCGGAACUAACACAGGAGGAGCUGAACCCUCUGUUCCGUAACAUGGCUGUGUCGCUACGGCGACUCAUUGACCAGAGAGACAAGGCCACUGAGGUGAUUUUGGAUCUGACCCAGGAAAGGGACUACCUGGCCAGUCAACAGCCCCAGCACAGAUGCAGGUCUCCGGGCACGGGCAGUCCAGAGUGUGAGUUAAGCCGUGAUGAUGUGAGCGUGAACAACAGUGGGCUGCCUCUGACUGGAUCUGGCCUGACCAAAGAGGAAAAGCAACAUCUGUCAGUGGAGCUGGCCGAUACCAAGGCCAAACUCCGCAGAUACAGACAAGAACUGGAGGAGAAAACAGAGCAGCUGAUGGAUUCAAAACAUGAGGUUGAGCGUCUGGAUCAAGAGUUAGAGCGGAUGAAACAGGAGAACCAGUCACUGGCAUGCGAGGCACGCUCAGUGCGGGCCUACCGGGACGAAGUUGACUCACUGAGGGAACGAGCUGCUCGGGUCGACCGGCUGGAGACGGAACUGACGAGAUGCAAAGAGAAACUCAAUGAUGUCCACUUCUACAAGACUAGAGUGGAGGAGCUGCGUGAGGACAACCUGACUCUGAUGGAGACGAAGGUGUUGCUGGAGGAGCAGCUGUCAGCCUCCAGGGGACGCUGUGAUAAACUGCACAUGCUGGAGAAAGACAACCUGUUAUUGCGAGCGAAAAUCCACGACCUGGAAAUGGAAAGGGACAGUGAGCGGCGGAGGCUGGAGGAGCUGGUGGAGGAGAACAUGCUGCUGGAGAUUGGGCAGAAGCAGAGUAUGAAUGAAUCAGCUCAUCUGGGCUGGGAGCUAGAACAGCUGACCAAGAACCACGACAACACUAACACUGAGACUCGCAAGUCAUUGGUCCAUGAGCUGAACGAGUGUGUUUCCAGCCGGGUGUUGAAGCUGGAGAAAGAGAACCGGGAGCUGCAGGCUUCCAUUGAGAGACUGCGUGAAGAGAAUCACCUCCUGCAGGAGCAGCAGCUGCACAGCCAGGAGCUGGACAGGGAGAACCAGGGCCUCAGCAAGAAGCUGGAGCGUCUUCAGGGCCUAUUGGAUCAGGAGAGGCUGACCAAUCAGGACAUGGAGUCUCUGGGGGAGGAGCUUCUCAGAGAGAAACAGAGUAUGGAGAGAGAAAUGCAUACCCUGAGGGCUGAGAAAGACAGACAGAUUUUGGAGUUGGAGAGCGAGCGGCAGCACUUGUCGGACGCGGUGGCAUCACUUCAUGAGCGCGCUCAGUCCAACAGCGAAGAGAGGGUCCGUGAGGUAGAGGCAGAAAACUGCCAGCUGCACCAAAACCUCACUGAUGCUGGCUCCCGAUUGGCCAGCCUAGAAACCCAGCUCAAACUAGCCAAUGAGGAGGCAAAGAGUCUGAGGGAGAAGGCGGGACGAUGUGAGGAGGUGGAGAGAGAAGCUAUGAGGCUGGAGAGGAGUAGAGAUGCCCUGAACAGAGAAGUGGCAACUCUGCGUGCAUCCAUUGACCGGUCGGAGGCUCUGGAGAGGGACGUGUCCUCCCUGGAGCAGGAUGUGCGCAGGCUGAAGCGGGAGGCAGAGGAGGCAUGGCAGGAGCUGCAGCGGCUAGGGAGGUGCGAGGAGGAGAACAGCCUGCUGACGAAAGAGAAUGUGGAGCUGCGAUGUUCCCUGGAAAACCUGCGCUCUUCGGCCUCCCACCUAGCUGCCCUGCAGGAGGAGCACAGGGAGGCGCAGAGGGAGAGGGAGCAGCUGCAGACCAGGCUGGAGGAGGCCAGAGAGGAAGCACUGGGAGAGAGGAAGAGGGCGGAAAGGCUGGAACUUAAUGUGGCGGGGCUGAAUCAGGAGAAACACCGCCUGGAGGAUGAGAGAGACAGGAGGAGAGAGGAGAGAGAGGAAGCUGAGAGGGAGAGGCAGGAGAGGCAGGGCAGGGAGGAGGAGCUGCGAAGAGAAGUGGACAAGCUAAAGGAGGAGAGGAGGAGGAGGGAGGAGGGCGAGGAGGAGAGGAAGAAGCUCCAGUUGGACCUCGAGCAGUCGGAGAAGGACAGGAAACACCUGGAGAAGGAGAGCUGGCGGAUGCGAACGCAGCUGGAGGCGAAAGAUGUGGAGCUAGAGGAGAAAUCCAUGCAACUGGUCACGCUGGAGAGGGAGGCUGGUCCUCUCAAUAAGGAAGUUGAUAGGCUGAAGGAGGUGUCAGUCAAAGCCAAGGAGCUGGAGAGGGAGAACAAGGAGCUUCAGAAACAGGCCACGAUCGACAAGAAGACUCUGGCUACUCUGAGAGAGGAGCUGGUGUCAGAAAAGCUGAGUGUGCAGCAGCAGAGUGUGGAGCUGGAGAGACUGAACCAAGAGCUGGAGAAGAUCGGACUGAACAGAGAGAGACUGCUGCAGCAGGAAUAUACACUGGAGGACAGUAGGUACAGGCUACUUGAGUCUCGGCUAGAGGAAACUGUCCAACAGACAAUGAAGAUUAAAGAGGAGAAGAUCUCCAGUCUGGAGCAGAAACUACAGGAGAGCAACACACUCAAUGCCACACUGCGCACUGAGCUAGCCAAUGCUUGUCAGACUUUGCCUGCUCUGUGUCAACAACGCAAGGGGGAAGAAAUCCACAACUUCCAGCAGCCCUCUGGGCAAGACCAGGGUCAUGGGUCGGCCACUGUGGAGCUGCUGCGCAUGAAAGAUCAUCUCAUUGAUGUUGAGAAGAAUAAUGCCUCACUGCAGGCAGAGAGCAGUUUAUUAAAGGAGCAGCUAAAACAGCUGGAAAACCAGAACACUUCCCUGAACAACCAGGUGGUGGCGCUGCAGCGACACACCACUACCCUGCAGGAGCAGAACACAACCCUACAUACACAGACAGCAAAACUGCAGGUGGAGAACUCUACCAUUUCCUCCCAGAGUGCCUCUCUCAUGGCCCAGAAUGCUGUGCUGCAGGGCCAGGUGGCCGCCUUGGAGACAGAGGCGGAGUCAUGGCAGCGUCAGCGUGAGGAGGCGCGGCGAGGCCGGGAGAGCGUGCUCAGCGACCACGAGCGCUUGCUGAGUGUGCACGAGAGGCAAGCGCAUGAGUAUGAGCAGCUGAUCAGUCAGCAUGCCUCGUUGAAAGGCAAGCAGAGGGCACUGGAGAGCGAGCACAGGGCACUGCACAGCAAGUAUUGCACCUUGCUGCAGCAAAAGGAAAAAUGGGAGGAACAGGAACGGUGUGGCCAGAAGGAGAGAGAGGAGCUAAACCAGGAAGCCCAGAAGAAUCGGCUCCUGCAGCAGGAGAAUCUGCAGCUGAAAUCAGAAGUAGAUCGGGUGACUGAGAGUCAUUCACAAUUGUCAGAGCAGUGGGAGGGGCUCCAGCAGCGGGCCAAUGAGCUGAAGAACUCACUAAGCUCCUCCCAGCUGGAAGUGAGCCGCUGGAUGGCGAGAUAUGAUACGCUAAUGGAGCAACACCAGGGUUUGGAUCUAGCUAUGACCAAACUGGACAACCACUGUGAGCUGCUGAGUCGACUGAAGGGGAACCUUGAAGAGGAAAACCACCACCUCCUCAGUCAGAUCAACCUGCUGAAUCAGCAGAACCACACUCUGCUGGAGAGGAGCAUGGAGAGCAAAGAGCUCUACCACCAAGAGCAGAAACUCUACAUUGAUAAGCUGAAUGCUCUGCGACGUCAGAAGGAGAAACUGGAAGAAAAAAUCAUGGACCAGUACAAGUUCUAUGAUCCCACACCUAAAAAGAGGAGUCAGUGGGCAGGAGCCAAGGCUUUGGCCAAAUUGAUCAAACCUCGAAAGGAGAGCAGCAGGGAGAGAGGGUGCGACCGAGACAAGGACGGGGGCAAAGAGAGAGAAAGAGAGAGAGCCAAGAACGCCCUGGACAUCCCCCUGCCUUCCCCGCCCGCCCUCCUCCUGCCACCGGACGCUCCACCGCCACUUCCCCCACGCACAGGAGGUGACAUGCCGGACAGCGGCCAUGCCCAUAGCAACUACAACAACCACACCCCUGCCAACGCCAGCCUGGGAACCCAGUCUCCAGCUCUCACACCCAUCAGCCGAGGUUUGACUGACAGGGGGUGGGGCCUUUAUCACAGCAGCACUCCAGGAGGCAGCAGUGAGAGCGUCAAUGGAGAUGAGGGACAUGGGCAAGGUCAGACCCCCAAGGCUCUCAGCUCUACUCCGAGCCAGCAGGCCUCGUCACUGGGCCUGGCCAACAGUUCAGGCUCCAGACUGGGACAAGGCGCUAGCCGCAGGCCAAGAGGCCUGGUAUUUGACGAAGACUCAUGCCUCAAAACCUCUGACUCCAAGUUCGGUCAGCAGGGUAACACAGUAGGUCGUCCAGGCUCAGUUGACCUAAGCCACAUCACCUCCAGCUCUAAUUCACCUGUCAACUGCAGAGACCCAUCAGAUCAUCAGGCUUGCUCAGCCAGCCUCUCCAGUGAUGAUGUCAUGACCCUCAGCAAAUCGCAGCACUCUAUGUCACGCAGCUCUACCCUCCCGUACGACCACACUCCCCAGAGGGCCCAGCCACAGCGCGGGAGUGGGGUUAGGACCAAGAUCCGUGCAGAUUCCCCUGGAAGUGAGAUGGUAACGCUAGAAGAGUUUCUACAAGAGAGCAACAUACAGUCACCUCCUAUGGUCUCUACAGGAAGCAGAGAAGAUUUAAUGACUGACUAUUUCACCAGAAGUUCUUCCCUAUCUGCUCCCACUGGCCGAGACCAGGCCACGCCCACAAGUUAUGUCACACCCACCAUCCAACCAACCAACCAGAGGCCAGGGCAGAGUGUAAAGCCCUCUCCCCGACAGCCUGUUGGCCAGUCACCAGCCUCUGGACAGCCGCUCACUCAGAGAAGCAGCCAGUCACUGAGCAGGACAUUCAGCCUGGCUUCAGCUGAUUUGCUGCACUCCAACGGACCAGACAGUUACCGCGGGACUGAAGGGUCCCCUGGCCAAUCAGAUGUGGUGGUUCGGCGGCAAGGGGGGGGGGGCACUGGUAGAGAACGCCCUCUCUCUGCACGGUUGGCUGGUCCAGCUAACCAACAUGGAGAUGUAAGCUACUUAAACCCCCCCAUUCACCAUUCGUCCUCCCUCAACCUGCAGUCAGAGAGAUAUGGGGAGAGAGAAAGAGAAAGAGAAAAAGGAAGGACUUCUGCAUCUCGAAACAGCCCCUCCUCUUCCUCUUCCUAUCAUUACCGUGGAGAGGUCGCCAUGGUAACCCCAGUCAAGGCGGUGCCAGCACUGCGGUUGGAUGAAACGCCGGAGCAGGGGGAGGGGUUAAGGGAGGCGCAGUCGAAUGACUCUUCCCACUUAAAGAAAGAAAGUGAGCGAGGAGGCAGUAGAGGCAGAUGUGGUUCUGUAGAUCGCCCUAAAAGCUCACCAGCUUCCCCCGACCCCAACAAUGACCCCCAGACUGUCUGGUAUGAAUACGGCUGUGUCUAAAUACUGUAACUAAUGGAAGUCUAUGGGUGUGUCUGUGUCUAAAGAUGGGAACCAAAUCUUUUAGUAUGCAUGCUAUUGUUCUGAGUACUGGAAGUAUAAGGGCUGGGAAUAAGUUCAAACCUUCAAAAAAGUAAUCAGUCUGUGGCCUGGGCUGUUUGUGUCAUAGAUAAUUACUAUAACUGCUGGAACUCUGAAGUUAUGUUUUGUCUAAAUUCAGGCACAACUACUGGAACUCUGGGGGCUGGGCUCUCUCGAAAUCCUGGAAAGUAAAGCCACAUCUAAAAACAUCUUAGUGUAAAGAGUGGUAAAUUCACCUUGAUAUUUCCGGCAACAAAAUACUGUAGCUGAACAACCAAACAUGAAUUGUAUCUGCCACCUGCCAAUAUGGAUCAUUAGGUCUUCUAUCAGGUUCGGUGCUGCCAGCAACUUCAGUCACACAGGGGGCUCUGCUAACACUUCCAGCACACACAUUUCAGACCUGUGUUGCUGGAGCUGUGACACCAUGUCGACUCCAUGAAUCCCAAGGAUUGUCUCCACUCACCCUAUUUUGCAUCCCACGCUGAAUCUUCUGAGUCUUUUAUUUUUCAUGUGAUAUAAAAUGGUUUCAGAAUAACUGUUACAUCACAUGGAAGAGAAGGAUUUUGAUUGGAAGGCCAUCAACAAUGUUAAAAGCCAACAAAUGCCACAGAACUGGCCUAGUGACUCAAUGAUCUUUAUGGGGUUUAUUUCUGACCCCAAAACUAUUGGAUGUUUGAACCUUUUGCACCCUUUUGAAUCCCUUGUUUGUUUUUAACGUUAUUGUUUAUAAGGGUAUUCACUGGCAGCCAGCAAGGAGAUAUCUGAAAGUGAAGAACCAAAAAGCAACACCCUGAGGCCCUUGGCUGAAAGAUUUCCCACAGAGGACAACAAGUGGAAAAACAAUACCUAAUGCGUAGUUGUGGAUCUGGACCAGAACACUGAAGAUGGAUUUGGUUUAACAACUGGAACUCAGUGAUUUUGACGGCCGACCGACACACUCAACUGGACGCCACCAAUCUGUAAGACUCUAACUUAGGAAUUAGACCCCACCCGGCUCCAUCAGUGCUGAGGUUGUUAUUGUGUUUGAGUGCCAUAACGAGGCGAGAGGGUGGGGUCCUUUAGGGUUUGUGAAGUGAAGGACACCAGAAGCACCAGGGCGGCUGAAUGUCUAAGAUUUUUUCACAAACCCCCACCUCCUCCUCCAUGUUUCUUCACUCCUUCCAUCCUAUGCUAUCAGGAUCAAACACUGGAAAAGACGAGAUGAGGGAGGGAGUGAAGGCGCAUAAAUGUUGGGACAGAGAGGGAUGCUGGGAUGGAGAGAAUUGUAGAAAGAAUGAGGGAGGGAUGAAAGAUUGAAGAAAACAGACAGAUGGAAGGACAGAUUUAGAGAUGAUGGAGUGAUGGUAGAGUGGAUAGAUAAACAGGACAGAGAUGGAAGAGCUCCUCCCAGUUAAAUUACAGUCUUUCUCCCUCCAUCUUUAGAUUCUAUCCCAGCAUGCAACACUCGGACACUUUACUGGAAAUGUUGCCUGGCCCUAGCCAACACUAGUCUCACACAGAGUGUGUGUGUGUGUGUGUGUGUGUGUGUGUGUGUGUCUAUCUCUCUCUCUCUCUCUCUCUCUCUCUCUCUCUAUAUAUAUAUAUAUAUAUAUGUGUGUGUGUGUGUGUGUGUGUGUGUACACACGAGUGUUGUCCUGGGGGGUUGGUUGUGGCCAGGCUAACCAUUGAGUUGGACUAAAUUCUCACACACCACAGUGCUGGGUAAGCCACUUUGUUUUGGUAGGAGUAUAAUGCUGCACGCUAAGUUAGCCAGACAGCACUGGAUUGUUAUAAGCACUGUGCACAACACAUAUACAGAGAGAGAAAGAGAGAAAUUCAGUCAAAAAUCAGAUCUGUUGUGAUCUGAGUAGCUGUAGCUUUCAUGUAAUGAAUUGGCCUUGGCAAUAGUUACCUCUGUGUUAGUAUUUUAUGAUAAAAAUUCACCCUAUUUUGGGUUUAUUGUUCAGAUGACUGACUUGCCCAUUAAGAGAUGAGAACACAAACACCACAUUUAUGAAUGUCCUCCCGUUAGAUUAUUUGCUGUGGUGCUCCAUGCUGAACUAAAGCCCAUGCAACCUUGCUGAAAUAGAUUACUGUGGAAAAUUUAGCAACUAAAACUCCAUUUUAGUACAGUUAGUGACUUUUAGGAACUUUCAAAUCUUGGUGGAUGAUGAAGAUAUAAUUCAAGAACAAUAGUAAAUAAGAAAACCCACAUUUUUUGCAGGGUUUACAAUCCCUUUAACAUCAGCAUUCACAAUGAGUCAUAUGUUCAGCUGGUUAGUAUGGGGCUAGAUUAGUUGAGCCAGAUGUCUGUAAUUAUUUGUUAUUGUCAUUUUACCUGGGAAACCAAUGAUUUAGUUCCAGGGGCCUGUUUGAAAUUUCUAGAACGGGUCCAGCUACACCUGUUUCAAAGGUGAGACUUAUUUCCGGUUUCCAGUAGAUUGUCACUGGUGGAGAUAAUCAUACAUCACUCAAGGAAGAAUUUUGAAAAGAACAUGAAUGCAGUGGAGGAGGGCUUUAAGAUUAUUUAUCAUAGCCUCAAGAUCUGUUGUCAGUUCUCAUUUUCUCAUUGUGGAGAUAAUGCUAGCUUCCGGUUACUCUCAACACAGUAUAUGCUAAAGUGUUAGUAUGGAGCAUUGGAUCUACCAGGAACACAUGGAUGAUUUUGGUGUCUGAGUUCUCAUCCUUAACAAGGAAGCUGACUGACAGGAGAAGCUGGCAGAAAUUUGGAGAAUUCCUUUAACCCUGUCUUAAUUGAGAGAGAAGAGAAACAUGGAGAGGAAAUGGGGGGACUCAUUACUUAAAGAGGAAGGAGUUCAAGUAAUGCUUGGAUACUGAUGAUGUUAAUGAUGAAGGUGAAUCUCAUGAUGAUGAUGACUAAGUGAAAUUUUGUCUGUACUGCUGUGUGUGCAUAGAAACCUGUCCUUGCAUCAAAUUGUUUAGAACUGACUGACAGCUAAAGCUCACACAUUCCUGAAGGCACUAGACUGAUGAUGAGGAGGAAGGCAUUAACAAUGGAGUGAUGAUGAAGACUUGGCUGUCACAAAAAGACAAUAACAGCUCUGAAAUCUUUUCACAGUGAACAAAAUGACAUUUCAAUAUGCAAUGAGCUAAAUUAUUUUCAGUGUAACAUUUUGUACAUGUCAUUAGAUUUUCUAAACAAUAUUUCCUUAGAAGUGCCCACAAUAUUGUAGGAAACACGGGGUGCUUUUUGUAAAAUCUUAACAUUAUGAAGCUUUACCUGAAAAAUAAAUGUUGAUAUCAAAACAACUCAAACUGGUAAAAAACUGUGUAGAUUUUUGAUAGUUAAGAUGUGAGAUUACAUCGACUGAUGAACUGACAUGAUGUCAAACACACCACACUAGGUUCUUAAUGUCAGUGAUGCUGUAACCAACACCUUUCUACCUGUCUGUUUACAGCUGUCUGUUUACCUUUGGGUUUUGUACAUAGCUUUCUUUUAACUUUGCACUUAGCUCAGGACUUGCUGUCAUCAAGAAACAUUUUUUUAAAGAUUAUUUUCAAGGCAUCUCUGCCUUAUUGGAAGCAAGGGAGAGGGAGGAGGGGCAGACAGUCCCCUAGGACCUUUUAAACCCUACUCUGUGUGUGUGUGUGUGUGUGUGUGUGUGUGUGUGUGUGUGUGUGUGUGUGUGUGUGUGCUUAUGUUAAAUGGGAAAAAAAAUAUUGGGUUCUGUAAUUUUUUAUUUUUAUUUUUAUUUUUAUUUUUUUGGAAACAGCACCACAUGGUCACUUUGUAUGUAUGUAUGUCACAAUAUCAUUUUAUUUUAUUUUAGAGUUAUUGGGAUUCUGACAGUUGUAUAUCUGAGCGAGAGAUGUGUGAGAGAGAACUUAAGUGUUUUGAAAUGACCUUGUGAUGCCUGAUGCUGUCUGUCUGUCUGCCUUGCAGACUACCUGCUUGCCUGCCUGUCUACCUGCUUUACUGUCUGUAAUGGAACACACACAAGUUUUUGACUUGUGUGUUUGUGUUUGACUUACCUGUCAAGUGACGAGACCAUAGACACCAAAAUGAUCUGUGUGUCCCUGGUAGAUCCCUCUGCCCUCCAUUCUAAUUUGAUUAAUCUACCAAAACUGAGUAUCCCUUUAACCUUUAACCCUAUGAACUAUGUCCAUUGGUUUCCUUGCCACAGCAUCAUAAUGUGACCUUUACUGGAUCAUAUGUUUGUUAAUAGAAGGAAUGCAAAAUGGCUGCAGAGAAUCAGGUUCUGGGAUCACUGGGAUUUGUAACAACUGGAAAAAUCUGCUAGUUUGCUUUAUUACUAUUUGCUGACUGGUAUGCUGUGAUCUGACCACUGUGUUUAUGGUCAAAGUGGUUCCCUAGUUUGAUUGAGUAGAAAAAGACUUAUGUUGUUACAACCAAAACCGUUUUUGUUAAUAAAGUUUUAUAAACUGA